AUGAUACGCCGGAAAGAGGUUUAUACCAAUAUCACACCCAUCCCCUCAUCUGUCCCCCACCAACUAGCCCUCGACAUCCUCCACAGCCAUAGCGAGAUAAUCACACUAAAUCCACUCGUCAUCUCACAUCAACCAGUCAAGGCACCACGAGAUGCCGUCGCCGACGAAUACUACUCAACAUGGUACGAAAUCACCGAACGAGUACAAUACAUCCCAGGCCUAGGCAAAAUGGGCUCAGGCAAGAUCAGCUUCAAAGGCUGUUUCCACAACGUCGCAUGGGGACUAGAAACGCACAUGUACGCGCCGAUGGGAAUCGACCUCAAAAGCAAAUGGCGCAUUGCAGGCAACGAGCCUGACGAGCCAUCAGAACCGCGCGACGGGCGCAAAACAGACGCUCCGAGAACCGGACUCUAUCUGCGCGAGGAUAUCGAGAUCGAAUGCAACCGUACGCUUAUCUCUUUCGUCAAGACUCAGUUGAAGGCUGCUUCGAAGGUGCUGGUAGAGCGGCUGAUUAAGAAAGCCGAGCUUCUUGAUGCGGGUGUUUUACAGGGUAUUAUGGAAGAUGGGAAAUUGACGACGUAUAAUCCGGCCGAUCGGUCGAGCAGACUUAUGAGGGGAGUAUCGGUUGCGUCGCGGAGAUCAGAUCAAAUGUCCAUGUCGUCGUCUUCUUGGGCGCCGAAAUCGCCGACGGAGUCAGUGCGGUUGGGAUCUAUGUCACCUGGAUAUGCGUCUCCGGUGCAAGAUGGACAGCAAAGUAAAACUUUUGCUGCGGAAUUGCCGGCGGACUUUUAUCAUCCGCAGCCUGGAUCCGAUACGUAUCAAGAGUUACCGGAUACCGGUCGAUAUUCAAAAGUAUCACGGUUGGAUAAGGGGUAUGCUGAGCUAGCUGCUAUGGAAGACACUUCAGAAGAACGUAGUGAAGGGUCACAUUGGAAAAGAAAUAGAGCUACAUAG